CCAAACACGUUUCCUUCAUUCGUGUGACGGAAUAAACACUAGAGAUAAGGUUCAAUCAGAGAUUAAACCGAUAUUUCUUUUUUAAGUCAACAGUAGACAUUCUGGAGUCUACUAAAACCACCAAACUGCUUAAACUAAGGGUUCUGGGUGUUGACGCGACGUCAUACUCCAGAGCCAAUCCGAGCGUAGGGGGCGUGACCCGAGCAGGACUGCUUUGACAGUUGCUUCAGCGAGCGAGCCGAUGCUUCAGUCCACUUCCUGGGGCGCGGGAGGAUUAUGGCGGCAGCCGCCACGCGCACCGUCUCCGUUACCGGCAAGAACAAACCGCACAACAUCAAAGAGCACGUCCGGCGGACGCGGGAGAACUCCCGCCGCCGGCAGGCCGCCCUGCUGUUUCUCAGCAACAUCUCCCUGGACGGGCGACCUGCGCGGAGCACCGCGGCGGACAGCAGCGACUCUGACGGGAACGAGCUCGGCUCCCCGGGCAUCCCCGGGCGGCUUCCCCCAGGGGGGACGGUCCCCGGCUUGGCCGCCGCGGAGAGCCUCGGCCCGGUCCACUCACCCUUCACGCCGAGGGUAGGGCUGCUGAACCAUGUCCCGCCGCUCCUGGUCCUCCCCUCGGACGCCGGGUUCGACGACUCGGGCGCCGGGGGGCUGCUGCUGCCUGGGCGACGGACCGCGUCCUUCUCCUCGCCCGGGACGCUGCUGUCCCCCUCGCCGUCGCGCGGGAGCCUGCUGCCCUCCCCGGUGGGCCCGCGGAAGUCCUCCACGCUGCUGUCGGUCCACAGCUGCACGUCCGUGUCUUCUGAACCCCGGCAGAGGAGUCGGAACCUAUCGGGGGGCUCGUCCAGAACGCGCCUCACCAAGAAGAUCCACUUCAUCAAGAACAUGAGACCAUACGACACCCGGGGAAGCAGGAUCGUUCUGAUCUGUGCCAAGAAGUCCUUGUGUGCUGCCUUCUCUGUUCUGCCCUACGGCGAGAGCUUCCACAUCAGUGACCCUAUGUUGCACCACCCCAGGAGGAGACACUCCUCCGGGAACAUUUCGUCCCUGGAGAUGUUACCCGGUCUGGAGGGCUUCCACCUGGACCCCUACAACAAGUCGGUGUCGUACGCCCUCCUGUUCCCCACCAACGCUCUGGUCGUGAGCGUCCGUCCGUCUCAGCGACCUCCAGCUGCCCGCCUCACACAGCUGCUACAGCGGGUUGGGGCCCGGGGCCCACCCCCCUGGAGACAGUUGCUGCAGCACUGCCCCCUAGAGGCGGGUGUAGACGACCGGUCGGAGUACGACCCCAACCUGCUCAGCGACCCCCAGUGGCCCUGUGGGAAACACAAGCGAGUCCUCAUCUUCGCCUCCUCCUACAUGACCACGGUGAUAGAGUACGUGAAGCCGUCUGAUCUGAAGCGAGACAUGAACGAGACAUUUAAGGAGAAGUUUCCUCACAUCCGACUCACCCUCAGCAAGAUCCGCAGCCUGAAGCGGGAGAUGCGGUCGGUGGGGGAGGACUGCGGCCUGCAGCCCGUUACCAUAGCGAUGGCCUUUGUUUACUUUGAGAAGUUGGUGCUGCAGGGAAGACUCAACAAACACAACAGGAAGAUGGUGUCAGCAGCCUGCCUCCUAUUGGCCGCCAAGAUCAGCAGUGACCUCAAGAAACAAGAGGUCAAGCACCUCAUCGAUAAGCUGGAGGAGUGUUUCCGUCUGCACCGCCGCGAGCUGAUCCAGUUUGAGUUCACCAUCCUGGUGGCGCUCCAGAUGGCGCUCUACCUGCCCGACAGCAACGUGCUGCCGCACUUCAGACGGCUGCUGCAGCAGCAGGCGCUGUAGGCCAGCGCUGCCUGGCCCGGAGGCACUUCGGCAGAAACACUAUCCCCCCCCCCCCCCCCCCCUCUCCCCCCGGGAGCACUUUACAGCCCCUCCCUCUCACUGUGAUGCCUGGCUCAAAGGCACGGCGGCACCCCCCAGUGUGAGCACUCUGGGGAAUUGAACCUGCGGCGUUGUGAGCGUUCUGUCCUUCCCCAUCCCCAUCCCCUUCCCCGUCCCCCCCCAGUGGUGACCCAACCCACCUGCGUCCCAGUAGGACACCGUAGCCGCGGUAACCAGCAUGUCCCCUCGCUCAGUCAAUCUUCUUAAUGUCGCCAUGGCGACGUUAUGACACACCUUCCUUCCCGCUGAUAUGCAAUACAGAAACAUCUGCUGCCUCAGCAUGCACUGACAGGAAGUGAUAGAACUGGGACAGGAAGUGAUAGAGCUGGGAUGGGAAGUGGUAGAGCUCCAUCACUACACAGUACUGCUGUACUCUAUCACUCUGGUCUACUAACACUCUUCUCUCAUCACUCCCCUCUCCUGCUCCCUUCCCUUACGUCUUUACUUCUGUUUCAAUCCUAUUAUAACCAAAUACUGAUUAUUUUGCACUUUUGUCCUAAUUUGCACGCGGCAUCAAGGGAACGACGUUUAGACAAAUCUAUUUUUACAUGUCUGUGGUAAAUGAGUCUGUUGUGGUCGAACCAUUUCUACUAUGAAAGGCACAUGGUUACGUGUUUGAGCAAGCACUCACACCCAAGCGCACACACACACACACACCCACCCACACCCAAGCACACACACAGAACCUCCCAGUCUGGGAUGAGUUCCUCCCAGUCAGAGUUCCUCCUCUCCACACCAGACUCCCGCUGGGGGAGAUGUUUGUUUAUGGUCACAAUCAUUAAUUUGAAUUGUGUGUUUGACGUGAAUAUUAUUGAUAAGAAUAGUGUUGUAAGAUCUAGAAUAGAUUAUGAACUAUAUCUAGUUUAUAAUAACCAUAUCUAGAUUAUAAUCUUAAAAUGUAGGUUAUAAUCUCCUGAUCUAUAUUAUUAUCUCCAGAUGUAGGUUAUAACCUAUAUCCAGAUUAUCAUCGCCAGAUCUAGUUUAUAACCUAUAUCUAGAUUAUAAUCUCAAAACCUAGAUUAUAAUCUCCAGAUGUACAUUAUAACCUAUAUCUAGAUUAUCAUCUCCAGAUCUAGUUUAUAACCUAUAUCUAGAUUAUAAUCUCAAAACCUAGAUUAUAAUCUCCAGAUGUACAUUAUAACCUAUAUCUAGGUUCUGUUCCUAGAGAUGUAGGUUCUGUUUCUAGAGAUGUAGGUUAGAACCCAGAGAUUGAGACUAUCCUGUGCUCCCUAUUGACCUUCACGUCUUGGUGUCAAUCAAUCAAUCAGUCAUUCAAUCGCGUAAUUUUAUUUAGUUUCUCGUUUAAUAACGUAUAUUAUUGUUGUUGAUGUUUUUAGGAUUAUAAUUGUUAUUUUAUACUGUUUUCUCUUGUGGAGGAAUGCAGGAAUGCAAAGGGAAGUAUUUAACACAAUAUCCAUGUCUUCCAUUUCUACAUGCACGCCAUUUUUAUAUAUGUCUGGGUUUAUGUUUGAUUAUUAUGCAAUCGCUGCGUUCGUUGACUCUAAAGGGAAACUUUACUGAACAAUUGUCAAAUGUCAAAGAAACCAAAAUCCUCUGAGGAGAGGAUGCAGACGAUGUAGCACAGGGACAUCAGACACAUUCUGCUGAAUGUGAGUGACGGGAACCAGAGGGGGACGAGCUGUGUGUGUGUGUGUGUGUGUGUGUGUGUGUGUGUGUGUGUGUGUGUGUGUGUGUGUGUGUGUGUGUGUGUGUGUGUGUGUGUGUGUGUGUGUGUGUGUGUGUGUGUGUGUGUGUGUGUGUGUGUGUGUGCGCGCGCAUCGAUAUAUCUACACAUAGAUAUAUCUAUACAUCUCUAUACAUAUAUAUCUAUGUAUAGAUAUAUAUAUGUAGAACCCAGAUCGACUCAGUCCCCCAGUCCUUCUUGUGCCACAGUGACAUCGUCAACCUGCAUCCUUAUUUACCCUUUUAGUAUUUUUUGUACACCUUUUUGAUACGUUUUUGAUAUAUUAAUCCUAUAUUACUUCCAAUAGUGUGACAGGCCGUCGCAUGGCUGAGCUGGUUUU